AUGAAGGCCUGCCUACGUCAUCUUCUCCUCGGAAUAAGCUUAUCAGGAUUCAGCCUAGCUGACCCUGUGCAGCGAGGUGCUGAUGUGCUCAGAUUCAACGAACUUGGUGAUGUCACAGCUGACUCCCUGCACAAUAUUCAUGUCGAGUUUCUGGACGACGAAUUUCAGGGCCAAUUGCAACUUGUCUAUGGCGAAUGCAACAUUCGACACCCGGUUCAUGGUCACCACGAGCUUGGAAGUGUUUAUGUGAAACGGGAAGCACAGCCAUCACGGUUUGUCUGGGUUAUUCCGGAAGAUGCCCCCCAUGCAUACUGCCUCCAUGCAUUCUCGGGCUCGACACUUCUGGGCCGUUCGGCACCCAUUGAGAUAGCAACACCGCUUGUCAAACGAGAGAGUAUCGCCGACGUUGCAGAUACUAUGGGACCUUGGUUUGAUGGCGUGGCAUACAUGAAGUCCAAGAAUCACACCGCUGCCUUUGUUUCCAAAGCCAAGGACACCUCGGUUGCUAUCCUCGGUGGAGGGAUGUCAGGGCUUAUGACGAGUUUGCUGCUCGAGUCUGUUGGCAUUACGAAUUGGCACAUUUUCGAGUCCUCUCAGCGUAUUGGUGGUCGUAUCCGCACGAAAUACUUGAACAACACACGCCCAGAUCAAUAUCAGUAUCAAGAAAUGGGCCCCAUGCGCUUUCCCGUUAGCAUCACCUACAGCGACACCAAUGAGACCCUCGAAAUCCAAGAUCAUCGGAUGGUCUUUCAACUUGCUGGUGUCCUCAAUGGAAUGAACGUCGACAGACCCGAGCUUCAAGUCAACUUCAUUCCCUGGAUCCAAAGCGGUCCCAACCUCCCUGCAGAUUCUGGUGGUGAUCGUCUGCCAGACGGGCGCAUCCCUACGGCCGCAGAGGUUGCCGCGAAUUCAUCCCUUGUCUAUACUGCUCCACCUCCGAGCGUCUCCGCAGUUGACGCCGCUGAAGCUGCCUUCGAUAAAUAUACGAAGCUUGAUGAGCGUAAGACGAUUCGAAAGAUCGCCACUAACAUGUAUAAAGCGCAUAAAAAGGCCGUAGAGGACGGCAUGUUCCACUGGUCCGAGGCCGGAUAUCUGCGUUAUGCCCUGGGUUACAGUGCCAAUGUCUCAGACUAUGUUGCUGGGACAACCGAUACGCCUAUCUGGGGAGACUUCUAUGACGAUGUCUACUUCGCUGCAACCGAAUGGCGUACUAUCGACAAAGGCUUGGAAUCUCUCCCGCGUGCCUUUUACCCCCAUGUGGCUGAUAAAGUGACCUUCAAUCGUACGGUGCAAGGAAUCAUUUAUAAUGAGACAACUGGCAAAGUCGCCGUUGCUUGGCGCGAUGAUCCGCUGAAGAUGAAACCCGAAACUGCAGAAUUCGAUUACGCAGUGGUCGCCGCUCCAUUCAGCAAAGUCCGGCUCUGGGACCUUCCCCGGUAUUCUUCUCUCCUUAGCAGGGCCAUCUCAACACUCAAUUAUGACCCAGCAUGUAAGAUGGCACUUCUUUAUAAGACUCGUUUCUGGGAGCACAUGGAAAACCCGAUUUUUGGUGGAUGCGGCUCUGUCGACGUAUCAGGCGUUGGCAGCGUUUGCUACCCGUCCUACAACAUGAAUGGCACUGGCCCCGGCGUGAUUCUCGCCUCUUACAUCUCCGGCACCCAAGCCCGCUCUGCUGCAGCUCUUACUGACGAAGAGCAUGUCUCGUUGAUCCAACGCACAAUGGUCGAGGUGCACGGUGAUAUUGCGGCCGAGCAGUUCACUGGAAUAUACGACCGUCAGUGCUGGGAGUUUGACAGGCACCAGGCCGGUGCUUGGGCAGAUCCGCUUGUCGGACAGCAGGAGCUGUACCUUCCGGCAUACUAUCAGACUGAGUUUAAGACCAUUUUCAUCGGUGAGCAUACUAGCUAUACCCACGCAUGGAUUUUCUCCGCACUGGACUCAGCUGUGCGUGGAACAACUCAACUUCUGCUAGAUCUGGGUCUCGUUGAUGAAGCCAAGUCUGUUGUGGAGACCUGGAUGGGCCGCUGGAUUAAACUAUAA